AUGGUUGGCGCCUUGCUACUCCCUGUGACCAUUUUCGUUGUUUCAGGAGCAAAUGCUCUAGUUAGGGAACAUGGGGUCGGAAAGCUACCAGCCUUAGGAUGGAACUCAUGGAACGCAUUCGAGUGCGAUAUUGAUGCAACUAAGAUCAUGACAGCAGCGAUACAUAUAGUCAACCUGGGACUGAAAGAUUUGGGCUACGAAUAUGUGAACAUCGAUGACUGCUGGAGUGUCAAAUAUGCCCGAAACGCAAGCAACGAUCGAAUUAUACCCGACCCUUCCAAGUUUCCCAAUGGCAUCAACGGAGUCGCAAAACAGGUGCAUGAUCUAGGAUUGAAGAUCGGGAUAUAUAGCAGUGGAAAAGGUGCAGGCGAGACUACUUGUGCCGGGUACCCUGCCAGUUUGGGAUAUGAGACGGUGGAUGCAGAGGCGUUUGCAGAAUGGGGGAUCGACUAUCUCAAAUACGAUGACUGUGGCGUGCCUACGGAGUGGAAAGACGAAUACACCGGCUGCGUCCCAGAUAGCGACGAGGAUCCAACAUCUUGGAACUUUCCAAAUGGUACCUGUCCCGAUCUUAUAGAUCCUGCUCCAGAAGGAUACGAUUGGACAACAUCCAAAACGCAUCAGCGCUAUACCAACAUGCGUGAUGCACUAUUGAACGUCAAUCGGACAAUACUAUAUUCACUGUGUGAUAUGGGACACGCCAAUGUGAAUACCUGGGGUAAUUCUACUGGGAACUCGUGGCGCAUCACCAAUGACAUCAGACCGGAGUGGGUCCGCAUAGCAGAGAUCGCAAAUGAGAACACUUUUUUGCUAGACUACGUCGACUUUUGGGGUCAUCCCGAUCCGGAUAUGUUAGAAGUUGGGAAUGGAAAUCUCACUCUUGCAGAAAAUAGGGCUCACUUUGCCCUUUGGGCGGCGAUGAAAUCACCUUUACUCAUUGGAACCCCACUCGAUUCAAUUAACUACAAGCAUCUGGCUAUUCUGAAAAAUGAGUAUUUACUUGCUUUCCAUCAAGACCCCGUCAUUGGGGGCCCGGCUCGUCCUUACAAGUGGGGAUUCAAUCCUGACUGGACCUUUGACCCGGCUCAUCCAGCAGAAUACUGGUCUGGCGUGUCCACGACACUGGAAGCCACUUUGGUGCUCAUGUUAAAUUCCGAGAAUGUGAGCUCUCACCGUACUGCGGUGUGGAGUGAGAUUCCCGAACUCAGGAGCCAUGAUUCAUAUGAGGUCACUGAUGGCUGGACUGGUCAGAAUCUUGGAUGUAUACACGGAAAAUAUAGCAAAUUGUUGCAUAGUCAUGAUAUUGCUGUGUUGGUGGUGCAAGAAAAAUGUUAG